AUGGUCCUGCAUGCCGCAGAUGCAACCAGCAUGCCUGCUGGCGGAUGCCACACUCGCUACGUGUGCCCCUACAUCGACGACCUCGCCACGGCAACAAUCACGGAUACCACUUACACCGACUACACUUUCAUCGGCGAUUACCAGGGGCUGUUCAACGACCAGGGAGGGCAGUUCGAGCCACACCAGCGCGGAUCUGGUCCCGUCAAUUACGAGCGGUACACGGAGGUGGGGACCAUUUUCGACGUGGUGAAGGGCGUGUACGGUGACACGCUGCAGGAGUGCUGCCGCGCAUGCGCGCGCUCAACCUACUGCUACGAGUGGCAUUGGCUUAAGAACCCGCGUCUCGCCGGCGAGAACGCGAAUGUGCAGUGCUACCUGCUGGAGAAGAACGGCGGCUUGGGCACGUCGGGCUCUUUCAAGACGCCGUACGCGGGCGACGCGGCCACGCAGGCACACAGGCGGCGGUCGCACACACCAUGCCUUUGCUUGCGCUGCACCUUCCGCAACCUUUCCUUCCACGCUUUCCUUCCUUCUGCCUUUCCCUGCCCGCGCCUUCCGCUUCCCGCGCCCCCGCCCUGCCCUCGCCUCGCCUUCCCCUGCCCUCCCAUUCCCCGGCCCCGCGCCUACCCCUGCCCGCGCCUCCCCUUCCCGCGCCUCCCCUGCCCGCCCCUCCCCCUUCCCGCGCCUUCCCUGGCCAUCGCCUUCCCCUGCCCGCGCCUCCCCCUUACCGCACCUUCCUCUGCCCGCGCCUACCCCUUCCCUUCCCCUGCUUUCCCCUGCCCUCCACCUUCCCCAAAUAUCUUCUUCCAUCUCACUGUCCUCACCUUCCCCUGCCCUCACCUUCCCCUGCCCUCACCUUCCCCUGCCCUCACCUUCCCCUGCCCUCACCUUCCCCUGCCCUCACCUUCCCCUGCCCUCACCUUCCCCUGCCCUCACCUUCCCCUGCCCUCACCUUCCCCUGCCCUCACCUUCCCCUGCCCUCACCUUCCCCUGCCCUCACCUUCCCCUGCCCUCACCUUCCCCUGCCCUCACCUUCCCCUGCCCUCAUCUUCCCCUGCCUGCCCUCACAGCGCUCAUCUUAUCGUGCCCUCGCCGUUUUCUCGCCUGGGAUCCAGCUCUCUUCUGCAGCCCAAAGCCCACCGCUCUUCCACUGGAACCUCCCUGAAUAUAAUUCUCCGUGUCAUUGUCCGCAUCUCUCCCUGCCCACAUGCACGCAUGGCAGUCAGCUUAUGGCCUGGGUUCCUCCUCUCUGCUGCCGCCCAAAACCAUCUCCCUCCCUCCCGUGCAACCUCCCUCAUAUGGCAACCCUAUCGAUCUCACCCUCCCCAUUUUCCCCUACCCACCUCUGUGCCCCUGCCUACUUGUGCCUUCCUUCCCGCAUGGCACAUGCACGCAUGGCAGUCAGCCUACGGGCUGGACUCGCCCUCUCUGCUGCCGCCCAAUUCCGUCUCUCUUCCACAGGGACCUCCCCAACCCGAAAUAUCUUACUCCAUCUCAUGGUCCCCAUCUCCCCCUGCCCACAUGCAGGCAUGGCAGUCAGCCUACGGGCUGGACUCGUCCUCGCUGCUGCCGCCCAAGACCAUUUCCCUCGCACGCAACCUCCCGCCGCCCGCCCACCUCGAGGACUGCACCGCCCGCACGUCCGCCAGACAGGGCGCCGAGAGGGCCGGGGCGGCGUGGGCGGUGCCGGGCGGCAACGGCUCGUCCUGUUGUGGAUGCUCGCCGCAACCACCAUGGAAGCAGCCAGUGAGUGAGAUAGCUGGGCAGCUCCCCUCUCCCCUCUCCCCCAUAUUCCCCACCUUCCCCCGGCCCCCCCCUUCCCUCCCUGCCCUUCCUCCACUUUAUCCUCCCCUCCGCCAGGUGUAUGGCCCUGACGACAGCAGUCUAGCCCUCACGCGCACGGUGCAGCGGGACAUCUGGCUCUCGCAGUUCCCUCCUGGCUCCUGCGAUGGAAGGCACCUGCUCAUUGUGCCCUGGGUGCUGCCAGCCACUGCUGCCGCAGGGCUGGGCACAGGGGCAGGAGGAGGAGGAGGAGUGGAGGCGGGGGAGAGCGGUUCAGAUGGGCUGGGAGGUUUGGAGGGGCUGGGUCUGCAGGUGCAUGUGAUGGGUGCGCUGCUGGGGUUGGCGGUGGAGACAGGGCGCGUGCUGGUCCCACUCUCAGGCUCCUUCAGCUAUGCCAACAACUCUGCAUGUAAAGCCAUGGGCCAGCAGGGCCAGUGGGGGUGCUACUUCUCCCCCAUCGCCUCCUCUGACUGCUCCAAGCGCGCACAGAAGGAGAUGCAGAGCGGUUCACUGCGGUCGCGGUGCAGCGGCAAGCACAUUGGCAACGUGGCACUCUCAGCAGAGCCCAUAGUCUGCCUGCACCCCGACUUUGACCACAACGAACUCAAGCUGCACGCUGCUGUUGCCACCAAAUGGGGAGCACCUCACCUGCAGCGUCCAGAUACACUGUACCGCCCAACAUGCCGGCCCCCCACUCCUGACAACCCCUCUCUCUCCGUGUCUCAGGUGCGUUGGUGGCGAGCCCAGGCCACGCGGUUCCUCAUGCGCUGGCCCUCCCUGCACCUCUGCCACGUCACCAACCUCAUCCGCCACGUCAGCAUCAGCCACCACGUGGCUGCCAGGCUGGCAUUCUUCGAGGACACGCAGGCGGAGAUCAUAAGAGACGUGGCUGCUGACACAGCAGGGGAAAGCGCCAGGUCAGAUGUGAGGAAGAGCAAACAGGCCAAGGACCUGCAAGGCAUGGAGUUGGGUAAGGGGGUGGAGAUAGAGAGUGCAAGCAAAGCUUCUUGGGCCACUAUAGGGGGAAGGUGCAGUGUGUGUGAGGAGGAAGGGUGGAAAGGGGAUUUGAUGGGAGAGGAUGGGGAGGUGGGAGAGAGUUGGGAUAUGCAAGCAGGGGUGAGUAGUGGUAAUGUGAAGAAGGCGGGGUUGGAGAAGAAAGAGAAGCACGUGCUGUACUAUGUGCAGAAGCACAACAACCUCGUCGUUGGCGUGGGUCGAGAGCCGCACGUCAUGCGGCCGCUGGCGAGUCUGGUUCUAGGGGGUACGUCUGGAGAGGGGAAUGGAGAGGGGAAGGGAGCAUCAAGGGGGGACGGAGGAAGAGAGGUGGGGACGGAGGUGGAAGGGAGGAGACUAGAGGAGGAAGGGGAUGAGGGAGUGGAGGGGGAGGGCGGUGCAGAGGGGAAAGGUGGAGAAGAGGGGAAAGGUGGAGAAGAGGGGAAAGGUGGAGAAGAGGGGAAAGGUGGAGAAGAGGGGAAAGGUGGAGAAGAGGGGAAAGGUGGAGAAGAGGUGAACGGUGGAGAAGAGGUGAAGGCUGAAGGAGCAGGAGCAGGAGGGGCAGGAGGAGGGGGAGGGGGCAGUGAGAGUGGCAUGGUGAGUGCGCUCAUGCAUCAGGUGCAUCAGCUGCGACUGGUGGAACCCCAUCUGGCCCACGUGUGGCUGCACACGCCCUCUCAGGUGGGUCUUCUCCCAGGUGGGUCUUCUCCCAGGUGGGUCUUCUCCCAGGUGGGUCUUCUCCCAGGUGGGUCUUCUCCAGGUGGAUCUUCUCCCAGGUGGGUCUUCUCCCAGGUGGGUCUUCUCUCAGGUGGGUCUUCUCCCAGGUGGGUCUUCUCUCAGGUGGGUCUUCUCUCAGGUGGGUCUUCUCUCAGGUGGGUCUUCUCUCAGGUGGGUCUUCUCUCAGGUGAGCAUGUCGGAGCACUGGUUUGCUCUACGUUGACUCCUUACGCUCGCUUCAUUCACGAGUGCGUGCACUCCUGCUUUGCCCACUCGUCUUUCAAUUCCUGCCACUGUCACCUGCCACUGUCACCUGCCAUCACCUUCCCUCACCUGCCAUCACCUUCCCUCACCUGCCAUCACCUUCCCUCACCUGCCAUCAUCUUCCCUCACCUGCCAUCACCUUCCCUCACCUGCCAUCACCUUCCCUCACCUGCCAUCACCUUCCCUCACCUGCCAUCACCUUCCCUCACCUGCCAUCACCUUCCCUCACCUGCCAUCACCUUCCCUCACCUGCCAUCACCUUCCCUCACCUGCCAUCACCUUCCCUCACCUGCCAUCACCUUCCCUCACCCGCCAUCACCUUCUCUCACCUGCCAUCACCUUCCCUCACCUGCCAUCACCUUCCCUCACCUGCCAUCACCUUCCCUCACCUGCCAUCACCUUCCCUCACCUGCCAUCACCUUCCCUCACCUGCCAUCACCUUCCCUCACCUGCCAUCAGCCUGCAU